AGUGUUUGACAGGGCUUUGUGAUAUUGUUUGUUGUGAUUUCGGGUUAUAUUCUGAAAAAAGCGGUCACACAAUAAUCAUAAAUUAUGGAAGGUGUUCAAGUAGUCACUCAAGACUACGUAAACAUUCUUAUUACUAAAUCUGAUAGCGAAGAUGCAGCGCCCGUGGAAAGGAGAUUCAAGAAAGGAAUCACUAUUCUUGAAUUUAAGACAAAACUAGAGCUAGUUACGGGUGGUUCAGCUUCAACUAUGCAACUAAAAUUAUAUGACAACAAGAAUAACUUUGUAUGUAACAUUGAUAAUGAUGAAGCACUUCUUGGCUCUUAUCCUAUUGAUGAUGGUAUGGUAAUACAUGUCAUAGACAAAUUUACACUGGUUAAGGAUUUAACUAGUACAGAGAGUGCUGAAAGAUUUCGUUUAUCCGAAGAGGAGUAUGAGAAAAAAGGUGAUACUCUCCGUUCCUUCCUCCAACGGAACAAACUUGGUAAAUACAACGAAGAAGAGAUGACCAAACUAAAAGAACAACAGCAAAAAGAAUUAGAAGAAGAAGCAAAGUUAGCCGAGGCCGUGCUGGUGGGUGCCCGGUGUGAGGUGCGCGUGCCGCAGCAGCCCACCCGUCGCGCCACCGUCCGCUAUAACGGAACCCUGGAUGGGGCUAAGGGGAUAUGGAUUGGAGUGCAGUAUGACGAGCCACGCGGCAAGAAUGACGGAUCUGUUAAUGGCAAGAGGUACUUUACGUGCCCACCGAAGUACGGUGGUUUCGUGAAGCCUGUUUACGUGACCGUCGGUGAUUUUCCCGUUGAAGAGUUCGAUCUCGAUGACGAGAUAUGAUUAUGUGAGGUCACCAUUGCAAAUUCCGCCUAAACAUGCUGUUUAUGUUAAGAACUUAAAGAAGAGAUCCUAAAAGUACAGUAAAAUACAACAAAUAUAACGUACCACUAAUUUUCGUUUGGGUAGCUAAUAUCUACAAAUUUUGAUGGUGAAGGAAAAUAUAAUGUACUAAAUUUCGUGCUCCAUUUUGAUUUGUGUCACUUCGAAAUAGAGCAUUCUGAGCGUCGGAAAGUUAUAUUGGUUGUGCUUUACUGUAGGUGCUUACUACUUAGACUGGAAUACUAGUCGCUCUCUCAAUUCGAAAAACUCUGGCUUUAAACGGUAUUUAUUGUCAAAUAAUAUAAAUUAAAAAAAAAUACUAUUUUUAAAACUGCACCGUUUAGAGAUCACUUAUUAAGGUUUUUAUUAACAUAUCACAGCAUAAUAUUAUUUGCGCUUAGACUUAACCAAUAAAUUUUUAAGAUUGAGGUUAAUGAUUCCAAAAUAGGAUUUCUAUCAGUUAACUUUACGUGUACGCUUUGAUAAUACUAUUUUAACAGAUUAAAAAAUCUGCACAAUUAAUGUAUUUUUUUUUCAGAUUGUGAUAUUUGUUGUUUGAAUUGAAAUAAAUUGUGUAUGAUAAACUUUUAAUGAACAAAUUUAAAGCUUGCUGGCAGGCUUACGUGCUUUAAUGUAUAAAAAGCGUAGACCUGAUCGAUUGCUCGGGCGUAGAUAAAGUUUAUAAUUGUAUUUUUUUAUAAUAUAUUUCAAAGACAAAAUCUAUAAAAAUUGAGUUUAAAAAUUAUGUAUAAUUAAAAAAUUUAAUUCACAAUUUUUUUUUUGUAAAUAUCUGUUGAUAUUUAAGGCAAUAACAAGCAUUAAUAUAGAAUAUAUACACAUUCCACGUUUAUGUUUGAAACAUUAAACAUGCUUGGAACAAUUUUAUGUAAAAUUUAAAUAUGAAGCUUAUUUUUUUU